AUGUUUUUCAGUCUCGCUCAUCGGAUUCAGCUGCUUUCUUUCUUUCUUUCUGUUAUCAGUUUUUCUUUCUUUCUUUCUUUCUUUCUUUCUUUCUUUCUCAUAUCUGUCACUUUCUUUCUCAUAUCAACUUUUGAUUAUCUAUCUAUCUAUCUAUCUAUCUAUCUUGUUUUGGUUAUCUAUCUAUCUAUCUAUAUAUCUAUUUUAGUAUGUUCAUAUCUAUCUAUCUAUCUAUCUAUCUAUCUAUCUAUCUAUCUAUCUAUCUAUCUAUCUAUCUAUCUCAUUCUGUUCAUAUCUAUCUAUCUAUCUAUCUAUCUAUCUAUCUAUCUAUCUAUCUAUCUUCAUCUCUUUCACUGCUUCUUAAAUGAAGAGGAAGCAGACGACAAACCUUGCCAACUUAUUUCUCUUUCUAUGUCUUCGUUUUUUCUUAUCAUUUCUCAUUUUUGCUUUCUACUUUUCUUCGCCUUUUCUAUUUCGCUUUCUCUCUUAUAUUUUAUUCUUUACUCUUUUCCACUCCUUUUUUUUUUCUCGUCUGCUCUCUCUCACUCUUCAGUUUUUCUUUCUCCCUUCUACUCUCACUUCUUUCUGUUAUUGUCUCCCUUACAUUUCUUUUUUUUUAUCAAUAUUUUUCCUUUACCUAUCUUUUCAUUUCUUUUACGUUUCCUUUCUCUCUCUAUGUUUGUAUUAUUUACGUUUUAA